AUGAAUGCAGAGCAAGAGAGGUCAAUUGUGAACCAACAAAUUACAAUUUCGACCCAGGAUUCUUUAAUAAAUAUGCUUAAAUGCAAAAAUAAAUCUGAUUCAUCUAUAAUCAAUGUUGCCGGCUUGACGCCUCCGUCGCAAAGUGGUAAAAAGUUAUCCGGUAGAGAAAAUAAGCAACCCAGUACUUCAAUGUCCGAUCCUGGAUCUUCCGUUGUUAUUUUGCGACAAGGGGAACAUCGACUCCAAAAUCAGGGUUCUUCGGCAUCAAUCCCAAUAACCCCGACACAAGUACAGCAAGGCAUUAGAGAAGCGCAGCAAGCAGUAUUGUCUGAAUUUGUACAGAAACCUAAAGGUGAUCCAACCAUUCCUAGGGAAAAUGGUGGAUGGCAAAAUGUUACCUACAAAAGACGUAAGCCCCGUGUUCUGGUUGGCAACAAAGAUGACACCGAAUUAAAUAUUAGAGCAGUUCCCAAGUCAGUCGACUUGCACGUAUAUAGAUUGCAUCCUGAUACCACAUCUAUGCAGAUCACGAACCUUUUGAAGUCUCUUUUUCCUGAAGUGAAGACGGAAAAAAUAGAAUCCAAAAAUUCGAAUAUAUAUGCGUCUUUUAAGGUUACAAUUCUACAGAAAAAUUUCAAUAAAGCAAUGGAUGCCACCGUGUGGCCAGUAAAUACAUGUACUCUGAAUAACUCAAAAAUUGGCGAAUUGGAAGUGUUUCUCAAUGAAUUCAAGGACAUAAAAUUGAUAUGUAUAAAUGAAAUCUGUGCUUUCAAAGAUUCGAUUCUACAUCUGAAUAUAAGUGGUUUUUACCUAGCAAGUGCAUUUUGCCGAACUCAUACAAGAGGUGGAGGUGCUGGAAUCUGGUGUCGCCAGGAUCUUCAAACAAAGGAGAUAAGUCUAAGCGAUUUGUGCGUUGAAGGCGAAUCUGAAAUUUGUGCCGUUCAAUUUAGAAAUAAUAAUAACCAAUUAUUCAUUGUUAUUUGUUGCUAUAGACCACCAAGUGUUAACAUGGAAGUUAUGGAGUAUGAAAACGAAGAACAUUCCAGUGAAUUGGAAGAGGCCAGUACUAGAUCAGAAGCGUUAGUUGAAUUAAACGAGCCCGGCCCAUCAAAAAAUAUACAAAGUGAUGCCAAACUUUCCAAAAUCACUGGGGAUUGUGAAACUUCAGAUCCCUUUAGUAUAUUUAUUCAUACUUCAGGAGGCAGACCAGAACCACAAACUAGGCCUUUACAUUUGGAAAAUAUCAAUGUUAAUGAAAGUAUUAGCAUUAAUCCAUUAGAUCCUGUGAAAGAAUCUGCGAAUUCAACUGAUAUUGCAAGUAAUAAUUUUGGAAAUAUAAAAUUGCCUCAAACUUUGAAGACACCUUCAAUAGAUAAUAAUAUUACUGAUGCAGCUACUUCAUUAUUACCAUCAACAAGUAAAAGAUGUAUCAGUGAUUUCCUUACGAUGCCAGACAAACCCCAAUCUUACCAAGAAAAUUUUGAAGCCAAACGCGCGCUUAAAUUAAAAGAAGAGAAUGAGAAAUUGGAGAGGAAACGAUUAAGAGAAGAAAAGGCUGCAGCCAAAGCAAAUUUGGAAACUAAAAGAGUUCGUAAGUCAGCUGAUGGUAUAACUAAUGGCAAUUGUUUUUUGCAAAAAAUAUAUAUCCAUCGUCACUGCGUUCCCAAGAAACACAAAAACCACGUUCCCGACUUAGAAGAUGAUGAUCUGUUCAUGUGUCACAUUUGUUACAAGGAGGACAGCGAUGAUGGAGCCGAUAGUGAAGAUUUUGAUGAGAAUGAAGAGGAAGAUAGCUUGGAAAUAGAUCAAAACAAAAACGACAAUGAUUUAAAUGAUACAAAUUCAGACGAAAAGAAGAAAACUGAUGAAAAUGAGGAGGAAGAAAUAGAUAAAUUAUUCUCUUUGUAUAAAGAUGAAUGUGCCAAAUAUUAUUAG